CUACGGCCGCAAAGGACGGCGGUGCCGCCAUGGCGACGGCUUUCAAAACAGUGGAACCGCUGGAAUAUUACAGGAGAUUUUUGAAAGAGAACUGUCGACCUGAUGGGAGGGAGUUGGGUGAAUUCCGAGCAACCACUGUCAACAUAGGUUCAAUUACAACUGCAGAUGGUUCUGCCUUGGUGAAGUUGGGAAAUACUACAGUAAUUUGUGGAGUGAAAGCGGAGCUUGCUGCACCUGCAGUAGAUUCUGCUAAUAAGGGAUAUAUUGUUCCAAAUGUAGAAUUGCCAUCUCUCUGCUCAACGAGGUUUCGCUCCGGACCUCCUGGUGAAGAGGCUCAAGCAGCAAGCCAGUUCAUUGCAGAUGUGAUUGAAAAUUCACAGAUAAUAGCAAAAGAAGAUCUGUGUAUUGCAGAUGGCAAGCUUGCUUGGGUGUUAUACUGUGAUAUCAUAUGUCUGGACUACGAUGGGAACAUCUUGGAUGCCAGUACCUUUGCUUUGUUAGCAGCACUGAAAAAUGUGCAGCUGCCGUCUGUGACUAUAAAUGAAGAAACUGGUUUGUCCGAAGUUGAUUUCAAGCAGAAGAAUCCCUUGGUUAUCAGAAAGCAUCCAGUUGCCACGUCGUUUGCUGUAUUUGAUGACACAUUACUCAUUGUUGACCCAACUGCUGAAGAAGAAGACUUAGCAACUGGAACAGUGACUGUUGUCACAGAUGAAGAUGACAGACUUUGUUCUGUCCACAAACCAGGUGGAAGUCCUCUGACAGGAGCCAAGCUUCAGGACUGUAUCAGCAGAGCCAUUACGAGACACAAAGAAGUAAAGAAGCUGAUAGACAAAGUAAUAAAAAGUAUAAAGCCCAAGUGAACAAAAAGAUCUUUUCAAAAGUGGAUUUAUAAAAAUUGUAUUUGUUACGGUGUUCACAAACCUUUUUAUACUAAAUAAACAAAUACUAAUACUACA